UAUAUUCUGUUGAAUAAUCUUGCUUUUCAGCUUUUGUUUUAGAUAACUUCGACCAGUCUUUUGCUGCGGGGAAUUAGGAAUAAUAAUGUUUUGCAUUUGUGUCUAACUCCACGGUAAAACGAAUCCUUAUUGAGUUCAUUAAGCCUUAAGCCCAGCACACUGGAACGGGAUUGCGAAUCAGUGCGCGUGUGUUCUGCGUCUAGGAAUCCGUUAUACUUAUCGAUAAUCAGCUGCACUGGACUGGACUAGUUUGUUCGACUUGUCUGCGAAAAUUUGGCCCUAUCCAUCCUCAAGUAUCCGUAUUUAGCUUACAGCGGGUUCAUUGUAUCAUAGCCCAGUCUCUCUCCGGGAACAGUGGAGAGUGGGGAGAGGGAGAGAGAGAGCAAGUGAGAUUCAUGCACAACGGGCAACGGGGGAAGCGACUUCCUUCCAUAUUAUCCCAGGAUCAGUGCUCUGGUUAGGGAAUCGGGCCAUACAUGCUAUACAAUCAGCUCUCCCUCUGUGUCGGAUCCGAUCCCGUUUGACAGCUGACUCAUUCGUCCAUUAAGUGCAAUCUAAACGGAUUGUAUUGUGUUGUACGACACAUUUUCCCCUGAGCGCGCGUCCCGGUUUGUGUACAACACCACCAAUACUUUUCUAUGCUACCCCCAUCGAUGAAACCUGGCUGGUAUUUCCUCCAUAAAACAUGUCUGGAAAAGCGGAAAGCAAGUCAAGUAUGGAGCUGGCCAGUAGCUUUCUGCUGAAUGAAGACAUUCUUCAGCAGCUUCCGGAAUCGAAGAAGAGCCUAUUUGUCCUGGAAUGGCUGCGGCAUUUGCACAGGAUUCUACAAGCGGCCAACCGGUCGGAUGUGAAAUCCAGCCAGAAACAACUCCAAGAGCAGCUCAUCAAGCAAAUGCUCUUAACACCCGGCCCCCCAGUCCGCUACUAUCUGGCCAAGUGUCUGGCGGCACUGUUCGCUGUGGGAGAUUCAGUGGGAUUAUUCGAUAUCAUCAAUGUAUGUAAUGAUCAAGUCAAACAGAAGGAUGACCCAGCAUUGCUCAGUCAGCGCCUGGCCGCGCUGGAGAUUCUCGGGGAGAUGUAUGAGAAACUGGGACGCAUGGUCGGCCGAUCGUACGAAGAAACCGUAACGGUUUGUUUAAGAAAUUUAAAAAGUGCCGAAUCUCAGACCCGGAUCGAAAUCAUGAAAACGCUGGAGAAAGUCAUUACUGGCAUGGGGUCGGCAGCUGCCUCCCAUCACAGAGAAAUCCACAAGCAUCUGCGCACAGCAAUGACAGACCGGAUCAUGGCAGUGCGGGAAGCGGCUGCUCGUUGUCUGGAAGCGCUAGCACGAGAGAGCACAUUUCUGUAUACGGUUGAACUGGAAAGCUGCGUCUCAUUAGCGUGCCGCGCCAUGGAAAACUCAACAUAUGACGUUCGUUGUGCUGUGGCAUCGUUUGUGGCUGCCGUCUUGUCCGCUGCCCUGACAGCUUCCCAUUCCGGCCCAACCGGCAAAAAUGCGCCAACGCCAGCCGCAGCUAAACUGCAAAAGGUCGUUACCGUCGAUGAAGUGCUCAGUCUCUUAGCGUCCAUGUUUCUGCGGGGUGGAGUGGGCUUUCUGAAAACCGGCGCCAGUGAGAUGAUCCGCGGGACCACCGUUGUGCCCAAGGAAGUGCGCAUUGGAACAGCGCACUGCUACAUGGCGUUCCUGAAGCGGAUGGGACCGCAGUGGCUGGAGAAGAACUUGGCCGUAGUGCUCAAUAGCUUGAUCGACUUGGUGGGGAAUCCGCGCAGUAAUACGACGCAUGUUGACACGAUCUAUGCCCGGAAAUGUGUGACGUGCAUUGUGAGAGCGUCCGUGGGUGGGCUGUUGGGGGAGAAGGCCCAGCUGGUAGCCGGACGGGAGCUGGUGAAUAUACUGUACAAAUACGCCACGGCGCCCGACGUGCUGGUGGAGAGUGGCGCAGCGGAAAGGAAUGCCGACACCAGGCAGCAUAUUUUGAUUUGCGCAUUGGAGCAGCUGCAAACUGUGAUUAUGGAGUUGGACAGUGUGACCGUGAAUCUGACAGCUGACGCCGGUCACAACCUGAUUGACGUCACUUUGGCGAUUGUGGUGUACCCAAGUCCCAAUGUCCAGCUGGCUGCCGCGUGGACGCUCCGAAAUAUUGUCAGUGUUCUUCCAACGCAGAUGGUCCCGAUUCUCAAUCGCUUACUGAGUAAGAUCGAAGACACGAAAACAUUUCCGGAAGGUAUUGUUGGCUACAGCUACGGCCUGGCCGCGGUGAUCGGUGGCAUAUCCGACUCGCCUCUCGGCAUUCCCCACCGGCUGGUGGAACGCGCCUUUAAUUUAGCCGAAGAACUGCUGCGUUCCGCGGCGUCUAAUUCCAGAUUAUCCCAGCAGCGAACGGAAGCCGCUUGGAUGAUCCUGGGUGCCAUAACCAGUCUGGGCAGCGCCUCUAUGAGGAAAUAUCUCCCCAAGUAUCGGCAUUUAUGGCGGAAUUCUUUUCCCCGUUCGGAUAAGGAGAUUGAGUCGGAGCGGAAGCGGGGUGAUGCUUUUACAUGGCAGGUGUCACUGCAGAAUCGUGCCGGUGCCCUGGCGGCCAUCCAUGGAUUCCUGGUUAAUUGUCCGGAGUUGGUGACGGAGGAUGUGCUCAGUAAGAUUAUGGUGUCUAUUGAAGGUGCCAUUGCGCUGUUGGGCAGCAUUUCCGAAUGGAUUAAAUCGUACGGGCAGCAUAUGAAAGUCCAUCUGGCGGCGGUGAGGGUGCGAUUGUAUGAGAUCCUGCUGGUGUUGCCGGCCAAAAAUUGGCUGUGUGAACUAAAGAAACCGGAAACAGUGCCGGCAGCUGUAAUUAAAGGGGUGGUGGAUGAAUUCACGCUCUCGGAUAAUGCUUCCAAUACGACGACGUCGCUGCUGCGAGCGCUGUGCCGGAAUGAAGAUGCCCUGCUUCUGGGACACUGGUUACAGGACACCGAUCAGAAAUUGAUUGAAGAGCAGCUGCAGCCCAACAGUGCCUCGGGUUCCGGCAGCCUGGAGCAUGACGCCACCACGCUCUACCAGAAAUCCGACGACAUUCCUACACCUCUCCCCAUCGGGGUGGCGGUCAUCGAUCUGUCCUUACAGCUAUUCGGGCGGAUGUUCCCCUAUCUGGCCGCUAAACACCAGCAACAGAUCCUGGAGCAUCUGUUGACCUGUGUCCAGCAGGCGAAGACCGUCCGCCAGCAGGCGAUGCUGAUUAAUGUCUUCACGGCGAUGUUGGCGGCGUUGAAGAGUCUGGUGGAGAUGAAGGCGGAGCCGCCAACCGAGCCAGUGGUGAACGGGUUCAUCAAUUUAAUCAACACCGGGAUCAGGAGUCCCAGUCCGAUGCUGCGGUGUGCGGCCGGGGAGGCGUUGGGGAGACUGGCGCAGGUGGUGAAUGACCGGAAGUUUGUGGCGGAUACGGUGCAGCGGUCAUUUGACAUGCUCAGGACAUCCCGGGAUAUCAUAUCGAGGACAGGACAUUGUAUGAUCCUGGGAUGCUUGCACAGGUAUGUGGGUGCGAUGGCAUCUAAUCAACACCUGAACUCGAGUGUUAGCAUUUUGAUGGCUCUCUCGGAAGACAUCAACGCUUCGGUGGUGCAGACGUGGUCACUACAUGCACUGUACCUUAUUGCCGACUCCGGUGGUCCCAUGUUCCGCAGUUACGUGGAACCGACACUGUCACUCUGUGUCAAACUCCUCUUAGUGGUUCCGCGUCAUCAUAACGAAGUCUUCCAGUGUAUUGGCAAGUGUUUAUCGGCAUUGAUUACGGCCGUCGGACCGGAGUUGGACGGGGCGCACGGCACAAUUAGCGCUGUCCGUAACACAUGCCUAAUCGCCUGCGAAAUGCUGCACUCAUGUGCCACCACCGACUGGAUUGUCCAGAGUGAAGCCGUUACAUCCUUCCAGCAAAUGCACAUGUUUGCACCCAAACAUGUCAACUUCACUCUGCUGGUGCCCCAGCUGGUUAACCAUUUAAGUAGUCCCCAUUUGCUACUCCGACAGUCAUCCAUCGACUGUCUACGGCAGUUAUGCCAACGGGAAACCGGACAAGUGUGCGAUAUUGCCCGCAAUACACAGGAAUCUGUUACCGAUGAUGAACUGUGGUUGGCUAUGCUGCUGUUUAACAUGUUGGAUUCGGAAAAGGAUCCCAAAAUUCGCAGCGGUAUCCAGCUGAUAUUUCAGAGCAUUCUUCUCUACGCCACCGAAUCGCAUUUAUCCGCGUGGUUCGCUCUAAGCCGCGAAAUCUUAACAACGAGCGAUGUAGGCGGCAAAUCUGGUCCUGAAGGCAUUACCGAAGAAACCGACGAAAAUGCCGAAGACGACGUCGAAGAGUUCCGUGCCAAAGCUCCCGGUGACAGUGAACCGAAGCGGAACAACGCUCGCUGGACAACCCGUGUCUAUGCUGUCAGUUGCCUGCGCAAGCUGAUUGUCUACUGCCGUGAAGCGCACACCUUCCACCUGGACGUAACACGGUCCAGGAAAGAGCACCACGAUGCUCUCAUUCUCCAUUUGUCGGAUCUGGUGCGGAUGGCAUUCAUGGGCGCCACGUCAGAGAGUGACCAGUUGCGCAUGGGCGGGUUGGAAUUGCUGUUGGAUAUCAUUGUGAAUUUUGCGGCAAUUGAGGAGCCGGAGUUUCCCGGGCAUGGGAUCCUGGAGCAGUAUCAAGCCCAAGUGGGUGCCGCGCUGCGACCGGCAUUCACACCGGAGACGCCGCCAUAUAUCACCGCCAAAGCCUGUGAUGUGUGCAGUCGGUGGAUCGCCAGUGGGGUGGCGAGAGAUAUCAAUGAUUUGCGCCGGGUGUAUCAGCUGUUGGUGCAGUCGUUGGAUAAGUUAAAGAUCUCCUUGAAGGACGCCAAGAUCCCGUACAGUGAGGCGUCGGUGACGCUGGAGAAGCUGGCGAUUUUAAAGGCUUGGGCGGAGAUCUAUGUGGAAGCUAUAAAAUGGCAGAAACAGUAUGAAGAGAUGUUGGCGCUCGUGCAGCCGCAUGUGGCGUCACUUAGUCGGUCGUGGUUGGCGGCCAUCCGGGAUCAAGCAUUUCUCAGUUUGCCGGCGGAGUUUUCCAAUCAACUUCCCGUGGAAGGUGGUGCCUUUUAUUCCGUGGAGUCCAUCGAUGCAGCUCGCAAGUGUUAUCAGAACUGCUGGUUACCGAUCCUUUACGCCACGGUCACGUGGUGGUCCGGUGGGGGAGGUUAUGAGAACGUUCUCCUAGAGAAACCGGAUAGUCGUCUGGCGGUUCAAGAUGGCGGGAAUCUGGGCUUAGCCACACCCCGGGCGGGUGUCGCUCCCCUGCCGGCCGAAGAGAUCAACCGGGCUCGCUUCAGUCUGUUCUUCGGGGCAGCCAUGGAGGCCUUGUGUCAGUCACGCAGCGACGAUAUCAGUGAUGACCAGUCGAUGAUUACCUGCCUGAAAGCGGCGCAGACGGUACUGGAGCUGGACUGGUCAAAAGCGGCGCUGUGUACCGAUAUGAACUGUCCACGUGAGACACUAAAUAUCAUGCACCGCGUGGUGCUAACCAGGGAAAAUCCGGCUGUGCAGGCGGAAGCGUUGCAGGUUGUCAAGAGUGUACUGCAGGCCGCCAGCGAUUGCUUCCAACAGGAAAAUCGAAAGAAGAACAAGGACGGUGGAGAAAACACUGAGAAUGAAACGACCGUCGGGUUUUAUGAUAUUGGAGAAGGUGGCGCAUCAGGUGAAAUUAAUCCCGCCAAAUCCACAGUCUUCGCGGCUGCCGAAGUUUUCUUCUGCAUCCUCAUCCGUAAAUUUCCUUCGCUCAAUCCCACCCUCAGAUCCAUCUCCCUCCACCAGAAUCCCUCACAGAACCAGCCCGCCUACAUUCAGCUGUCCGCCGCCACCAUUUCAUGCCUGCCCAAUCUCCUCGGUCUGUGCUCACACCGCGGCACCCUCUCCGUCUUUCCCGUCAUCCUCCACAUCCUCCUCACCGCUCUGCGCCAGCUGGUGGAAGACAAUGUUCCUUGCUCCGAUCCGCGCUGCCUGGCCAUUAUCCAGUGCCUGCGCACCCUCAGUUCCUCCGCGUAUCUCGAUAGUCCCGUGGUGGGGCCGGAAUGGGAGGGAUUGCUGCGCUCCACCAUUCUCCGCUUAACGGAUAUCGUCAAGAGUGUCUUCCGGGAGAAAUCAACGACCGAAGCCAGCGUCAGCCUGAUGCUGGCGGCCUCCGUCAUCAUCCUGACCGCGCCGGAGAGGGUCACCCGCGUGGGAAAUAUUUUCUAUCCGUGUGUUAACAUGUUCAAGCAGUUCCUGAACGUGCGGAAUGUCCCGGGAAUCCAGAUGCAGACGCUGCAGAUGUUGGGACAGAUCUUUUUCCAUCCGAAUAAAGAACUGGCGGCGGCGUAUAUCCGGCAUCUGGCCGGUGAUAUUCUGAUUUCGGUAGACGGGAAUGUCAAUAAGGUCGAUGUGAAGAAUAUCGAGGAGACGCUGCUGGUCACGGAACGGUUGAAAUUGUUGGAGAAUGUCGUGGAGGCGGCGGAACCGCGGCAGCGAGACGCCAUAAUUCGUUUCAUCGCCCCGGUGUUUAUUGCUUUCCUCCAGGAGCCCGGCGCUGUGAAGGGGCAUGAUUAUUUGGCGAGAUUACAUGCUUUCUGCCUUAACCGGCUGCAGAAGAUGGCGCCGGGGAAUCCGGAAGGAUUUCGCGCAGCCAUUGCCCGCAACCCCGAACUGAAGAGCAGAUUGGAGUCAGCAUUGGCGGCUAGUAGUGGUGCACAGAAGAGUGCCGUCAACAUGAACAGUACACCGAAGACCGCCAGGCGGAUAGUGGCGGCGGGCGCGGAACAGCCCAGUAUAAAAUUAAAAAUGGAUUUCAGUAAUUUUUCUUAGUUUUUAAAAAGGGCAGCUGCUGAUUUUGUACCAUUCAAUUAUGGUGUGUGCUAGAGUUUCGAUUUUACUUUAAUUUUCUGUGUGGUCCAUUUCGAAGAGGUUUUAUUUGUAUUUUGAAGAAGACAUUGUAAAAUAAUGUUAUAUGUACAAAUUAUAUACGACUGACUGUUCAAACAAGCUGAAGAAGUGACCAUUGAUUUCCACCA